AUGCAAGGUUAUGUAUUAAAAGUCCAUGAAUCAGCACUGCAUACUCUGCGCUCUUCAUAUCUAUCUUUUGUUGGUCUAGCCAUCUUUGAUGCUAUUAUGGUCGAUAUUUUCUAUCCUGGAUUAUUACAAUUUUUGUUUCACUGCGUCUUGUUUUUGUGGAUUACGGUGCCUGUAGUAUUUUGGAAACAGAGUAUUAGCAAUUUGUUUUCUUUCUCAAAUUGGUGUCAGGCCGUAAAGAAAAACAUGCGAAGGUAUUAUAUUCUGUUCAGUUUUGCCCUUUGCGAAGAAUUAUCUGAAUUUAGUACGGUUAAAGCCGAAUCGCCAAAAGGGGUAGACUCAUCUCUAACUACCUCGGCUGAAAGCACGCCCGUAAAAGAGCCCCCUGAAAGCGUUAUGAGCAAAGUUGUUUCCUUAUUUGCAGUUAAACCGGAAGAACAGAGGGACCUCACUAUUCAUGAGGCUUUUUUAGACAUCUGCAAGCUGAUUGUAUUCUGUUUUCAGGCUUUACCCGUAUAUGCAAUCGUUCUAGGAUUGGAAAGUCAUAUUUUCUCAUCUCUUAUUUAUACUUUGAUCACAAUUAUCGCUUUACAAUUUGGCAUAGCUAUGGAGUUAAGAGGUUUAUUUAAGGUCAAAGAGGUUACCGAAUUAUUUGAUAAGGCACAUUUCACCCUGCUCCCGAUGGCGCUGUUUAUCAUAAACUUUAAGGAAAUGAGUAACCUCAAACCAGCUGUUGCAUCUGCUAGGCAAAACGAGAACUCCGAUCCUGAUGAUUCUGGUGAUCAUGCUAGUGUUGUUCCAGUGGAAAAAUCCUCUGAAAACAAAGAGCUCAAAAAGCAAGACACUGAUUACAUGCUCGGAAUUUUUCGAAUUUUAGUAUUUUAUACUCAGUUGUCCUGCACUUUAGCCAUUGUUGAUUUUCCUUUCAAAUGGGCAAAAGAAAGAAUAUCGCCAUUACUUCCUUCUCUAUAUGGGUUCAUAUACAUGGUAGUUAAAAUUGCAGCAAUCGUGACUGUGAUGGUUUCCUUUAAAUCUAUUGUUUCUAUUGCUGACCCAAGCAACGUGCUAAUCAAAACACAUUUGGGGUUGUUUUUGUGCGGGCACUGGAUUUUGCUAAUUAUAGACUUUGUAGCUUCAUGGAUCUUUUCCAAAGUUACAAAAGAAUAG